AUGGACUGGAAUCUGAAAGGAGAUAGGAACACCAGGUUUUUCCAUGUCAUGGCCACUAGUAGGCAAACCAGAAACACUAUCAACUCCAUCACAGUUGGGGGUGUGAUUCUUGAGGACCCAACUUCUGUCAAGAAUGAAGUUUGGCUUCAUUUUUCAAACCUAUUCAAAGAUGAUUGGAAAAUGAGGCCAACUCUGAAAGGUGAAUUCAAAAGUAGUAGACUUAGUACCCACUUUUAUGUUCUUGAAGCAAAUUUUUUUGAAGAAGAAAUUUGGGCUGCAGUACUUAAAGGUGAAAUCCUCAAAUUUAUGCAAGAGUUUCAUGCCAGUGGCAGUUUAAUCCCAGGUUUGAAUAGCUCAUUCAUUACUCUUGUCUCUAAGAAGGAGAACACUUUAUCACUAAAUGAAUUCAGACCUAUUAGUCUGAUUGGUUCUGUCUACAAAAUUCUUUCCAAAGUCCUAACAAAUAGAUUGAAGUCAGUUAUGCCUUUGAUAAUUGGUGAUUCACAAUCUGCUUUUCUAGGAGGUAGAAACAUCUUGGAUGGUGUUUUGAUUGCAAAUGAAGUCAUGGACAGCUGGGAGUGUGUCUCUACUACUAGAAUUUCAAUCAUUGUUAAUGGAUGUCCAACAAAAGAGUUUAAUCUCCAAAAAAGGCUUAGGCAAGACGAUUCCCUUUUAUUCUGUGAAGGUGAGAUAUCAGAGGUGCUAAAUCUAAAAAGAAUUCUUAGAUGCUUUGAAGUGGCUUCAGGGCUUAAAAUUAACUUCCACAAAAGUGUGAUUUGUGGGAUUGGCAUCUCCGGAUCUGCCCUUGCUGAGUUUGCUUGCCUCUUGAACUAUAAGUCUCAAAAUUUAUCAAUCAAGUAUUUAGGACUACCCUUGGAUGCAAACCCUAAAAGAAUGAAAACUUGGAAACCAGUAGUUGAUAAGGUAAAACUAAGGCUAGCCGGGUGGAAAAGGAAGCUACUAUCUUUUGCAGGUAGAUUAACCUUGGUGAAAGCAGUGUUAUCAAGUAUACCUGUGUACUACUUGUCAUUAUUUAAGUUACCUGAGGGAAUUGCCAAGGAGUUAGACAAAAUUCAAGCCUCAUUCUUAUGGGGUGGGCCAGAUCUGAAGCGCAAAAUUCAUUUAGUGAAAUGGUCAGAGAUUACUAAGAGCAUAAAGCAAGGUAGUUUGGGUGUUAGAAGAAUUAGAGACGUGAAUGUGUGUCUACUCCCAAAAUGGUGGUGGAGAUUUGCUUCUGAACCUGUGUCACUUUGGUAG